UAGUGCAGGGAAAGCAAAACCUGAGUGGUUCCUUCAGAAAGAUUCGGAAGGGGACACACCUUCACUUAUCAGCUGGCCCUCCAGAGUAAAAGUUAGAGAGAAACUGGUGAAAGAGGAAAGUGCUCGUGGAAGCCCUGAACUUGUCACAGACACAGUAUCUCAGAAAAAGUCCCAUCCAGUGCCAGCUCACUACAUGCCUCUUCAGACAGAAACGUCUGCCUUUGAUAGGGUUAUAAAUCAGCCCAUCAGUUCAGGCCGCAAACCAAUUCAUGGCUAUAUUCAGCCUGCUGGCACUGCUCUCACAGCUCAGCUGAUGGCAACAGAGGAACCAGCAAACAUCUCUGUUGGCAGUGUCCUCCUACCCGACGGUGUUAGCCUCCUGACAAAACCAUCAUCAGCCACUGCAUCAGAGAGUGAAAAGAAAGAGGCUCUUGGUUGUGGAGCAAAACCUGAUGAAGAAGAUUCCUUGGAGGGUGAACAGGCUUUGAAAGGCAGAAGACCAAUUUUGCCAUCUGAGAUUCGCAAGCAAGGGAAGAACCACGAAGGCCUCUUUGGAGGAGGAGAAUUGGAUACCUCUGUGGGGAGCUCCUCUUUCACAGGCAAGCUGAGCAUUAACUCAGAAGUUCAGAGGGAGCUGGAGUGCAGUAAGAGGCAGGUUCCUGAGCAGCAGUUGAAGACCCCUGAGAACAUAGAGAGGAGUGAAGCCGUUAUGUACAUACAGAGUGGGUCUGUAUCGCAGCCUGCCAAGGCGAAAGCUCCUGUUUGGAAAGUGUCGACAACAAAGCAUAAAGUCCUGACUCGCUCAAUGUCUGACUAUACGGUGGCUCCUAAGCUAGAAGCUUUUAAAAGUAAGGAGAGCGUGGAAGCAAAUGCACCAAAUGGUGAGAUUGGCAUGGUUGACACAAAAGUCUCUGUUGCCCAGCUCCGUAAUGUCUUUCUGGAGACUGCUAGUGCCAACAAGAAAACGGAACUUGAAUCGCGGUUUGAGAUGUCAACGUCAGGCGGCACUUUGUCUGCCAAUGGUGACCGUGAACGAGGGCCACGAAGGCCGAGACGCUAUUUUACUCCUGGUGAAAAUAGAAAGACUUCUGAGAGAUUUAAAACUCAACCUAUAACGUCAGCAGAACGAAAGGAGACAGAUAGGUCCAUUUUGAGCAUGGAAAUACCAACUGCUGAAGAUGAAGAAAAAAUGGAUGACCGAGCCAAACUAAGUGUAGCUGCAAAGAGGCUGCUUUUUAGAGAAAUGGAAAAAUCAUUUGAAAUGAAAAAUAUUCCUAAGCCACCUACAAGAAGUUCAGCAGUAGAGAGAAGACUGCGGCGUUUGCAGGAUAGAUCACACACACAACCAAUUACCAGUGAGGAAGUGGUCAUUGCAGCUACUGAAUCUACCCCUGCUUCACGUUCUGUGAAUACCCACACAGUAGUGACAAGAGUACCUAGUCCCACUGUAGUUAAGAGCACUGUACAACCUAUCAGCUUGCAGGCAUCAGCCCACCAAAAAAUUUUAGCUAAAGAGGAGAUAAGAGCAGCCAAGGAGGCGAUGGGGCAAGAUCAGUCUGAUGAACCAGAUUCUUCCACCUUAAGUAUGGCAGAAAAGAUGGCUUUGUUUAACAAACUGUCUCAACCAGUAUCCAGGGCCAUCUCCACAAGGAAUCGAGGAGAUAUUCGGCACAGGAGGAUGAACGCUCGUUAUCAGACUCAGCCAGUCACUCUUGGAGAAGUCGAGCAGAUGCAAUGGAAAAAGAAUAAACUGGUACAAAAUGAAAGUGGAAAAAUCACUCCCCUGUCAACGGCAGUUGCAACAACAAUUUCAACGACGGCAUCUGCCCUUUCUCCACUGUACACUGGAGACCUGUACACGAAGCCAGCUGGUGACGGAAGCGUCAGCGCUGCCACUAGAGCUGAGCUGAGAUUCCAGUCCUCAGCAGAAAACCCAGACUCUUCAGAAAAACGCACACAGAAGUCAGAACAGUGGCAGCCCUCAAUGGAAGCACUAGAAAGCAAAAGAGCAUCAAAGAAGCUUGAAGAAGAGAGAAAGAGGUUUCUAGCACACGAAGCUAAUGAAAUUACAAAGUAUAGCUCCUUUGAGGAGGAAACCACACAUCCUGUUCCUGAAAAAACAGGAGACUACCAUAAAGAGACAGCGUACAGCUUCCUCAGGAAGGGCAGCAUGGAACUAUUUAGUUCACAGGCGCUUUUUCAGCCUCUUGAACAGAAGGAAAUGGAUACUGGCAUGCAAGACCACGCUGAGCCUGCUUCUGAACUCACCAGCACAUCAGCAAUGAGGACAGUUUCACAAACUGCAGCUGCCGCAUCCUGUAGACUGCAGGAGCUCUCGGAACAGUUGCAGGGCAAAUUCUAUAAGAAUUCCUGUGAGAUGUUUUCCAUUGGAGAGAACAAAGCACAGACAACUGAGGAUGUCCUUGAUAACUCCAGCAAAACGAUGUCAAUUAAGGAAAGGUUGGCAUUGCUGAAGAAGAGUGGUGAAGAAGAUUGGAAGAGCAGGCUCAGCAAAAAGCAGGAGUAUGCGAAAGUGUCCGUCACUGAUCGUAGUGCGCAAAUGCAAGAAGUUGAGCAGCUGUUGAAGAAG